GUUUGCAACUGUUUGAUAUUAAUCGUUGAAGACUGUGAUCAUAAACAAGCCAGACAGACUAAACAGAAGUGAUUGGAUAUUAAUUUUGCCUGUGGAAAUACGCCAAGCGUGUCCAACUUCGUAAUAUCUGAUACAAGUUCAUCGGCCGGAUAUGUGUUGAUCUGUUAACAUAACAAAAGAAAAUGAACGCAGCCGCAAACAAGUUAGAACUUCAGAGAUUGAAUGGAGUGGAUAGAAAUGCAGUCGAAUUUGGAGCAGGAUGUGAAAGCACAGACGUUAAAGAUGAUGUCGCAUUGGACAUUUAUGUUAACGAUGGAAGUGUCAUAUACAGUGGCGACUAUGCACCUGGUUCUAAUGAUUUUAGCUCAACAAGACCGAAAGCGGUAAGAGAGAAGUGGUCAGGGCGGUUUGAGUUUCUCCUCUCUGUUGUGGGUUACACAGUGGGGCUGGGAAACAUUUGGAGGUUCCCGUAUUUUGUAAAGCGUAAUGGCGGAGGUGUUGCUCUGAUUCCUUUCCUGCUAUUUUUGGUCACGUGUGGAGGACCCCUUUACUACAUCGAGGUUUGCCUUGGCCAGUUCUCUGGGAAGUCCCCUAUUAACGUCUGGGAUAUAUGUCCGUUAUUUAGAGGAAUUGGUUUUGUGAUGGUUGGACUAUCCCUAUUAGUCAUCUGGUACUUCGGGUCCUGUUUUGCCUGGAUCAUCUACUUCCUCAUUCACUCCUUCCACUCCAGCCUUGCUUGGGCCUCGUGUGGUCAGCCUUGGAAUACGGAGCUAUGCAUAGAUGUUUCAACGAAUUUUACGGAAAAGAAGUUACAGCUGUCAUCAAACAUGUCUGAUACUUUUAAUUUUACUACGUCCGCCACAGAAUUUUGGGAGAAUAAUGUUUUGGCAAGGUCACGUGGUAUAGACGACUUAGGAUCUGUGCAGUUGCACCUACUUGGUUGCCAGGCACUCGGGUGGCUUAUUGUGUUCCUCUGCAUAUGUAAAGGUGUCAAGUCACUCGGAAAAGUUGUGUACGUGACGGCGACAUUGCCCUACGUAUUGCUGACUGUGCUCCUGAUUCGCGGCGUGACUUUAGAUGGUGCAGUUGACGGAAUUAAGCACUACAUUAAUCCAGACUUUAGCAAACUCCUGAAAGGACAGUUAUGGAUCGAGGCUGCGGUGCAAUGCUUCUAUUCGCUGGGACCGGCAUGGGGAGGUGUCAUCACUAUGGCUAGUUUCAACAAGUUCAGCCAUAACGCAUUCAGAGAUACGAUGAUCGUUUGUUUUGCGGACGGGUUUACAGGCUUUUUCAGUGGACUGGUUGUUUUUUCAGUACUUGGGUUCUUUGCAAAAGAAACCGACGUCUCUAUCGACGACCUUCCAUUUUCUGGUGCAUCCCUGGCGUUUAUUGCCUACCCAGAAGCACUGAGCAGACUUCCAUUACCAAACCUCUGGGCUGUGCUGUUUUUCAUCACUCUCAUUUUAGUUGGCGUCGACUCAACUUUUGGGACGUUUGAAAUGGUGAUAAAUACGAUCGUUGACUAUGAUUUUCGGCGGCUCCACCGAUAUCGCAUCCACAUCACCUCUUUGCUUACCGUCCUGAUGAUUGUCGGCAGCAUCCCGCUGUGCACAUCUGGAGGAUACUAUAUCUUUAUGCUGACUGACUGGUAUAUCGCAACCUUCAACAUCGUGUUUGUUGCCCUGUUGGAAACGAUCAUCAUUUCUUGGAUAUACGGCGCAAACCGUUUUAGUCAAGACAUCGAGAUGAUGACGGGCAACCGCCCCUCUCUGUUAGUCCGAAUAUUCUGGUCCUUAAUCAUACCUAUGUUCAUAUCCACAAUUCUGAUCUCCUCGGCGAUCAACUUUGACGCACCCUCGUUCGGCAAGGGAGGCUACCAGUACCCGGACUAUGCUGUUGUGCUGGGUAAUGUGCUCGCCUUCGCUCCGCUGAUCAGCAUAUUUGCUGUGGCCGCUGUUUUGGUGGCUAUUAAAGGCACGGGCACAAUAACACAGAGAAUCGGCCAGCUAACACGACCGUCUAAGGAAUGGCACCCGAACGACGGGAAAGCCGGGCUGAUAUUUAGGAGCAAGUCCUACACAUACCGAAAAACACUUCAAGACAGAAUCAUAUACGAUGUCCUAGGGUUGCGGUCGAACACUUAGAAGCAUAAAACUAUAGUAUGAUUAUGAUCACUUUGAGAAUUGAAAGGAGUGUAUUUGUUUGUAAGUUUUGUUUAAUGAAGUCUAUGAAAUAAGUCAGUAUUAAGUUAAAAACAAACACUAGUGUUUAAUAUUACUUUUGGUGUAUAUCAUUGUAUACAUGAGUGCUUUGUUUUCAUAACUUCUAAUGUCUAAAUAAACAUAGUUGUGGAUGAAUAUAAUUCUCUAGUUAUCAUAUCCAAUUUAGUAGCGGAAAUGAGAGUGGUAAUGUUGGAAAGGUGUCCACCUUUCACCCAAAAGGUUG